CACGAAUCCGCCAGUGACGCGACGCUAUAGUCUUUCACACCCGAUAAGCAUUAGAAGCGAAACAACGAAACAAUUGAAAAAAACGCAACCCGAGGUCGAGAAUCAAUGGCGUCUAAAGCUAUCUUCUCCAAAAUCCGCCGAUCUCUAACAACCGUCCCCCGCCGCCACCACUUAUCCACCUCCGCCGCGACGGCCUCCGAAUCCUACGCAAGCGAUGAACACGCGAUCGUGAUGAAAGGAGUUCGAAUCUCAGGCAGACCUCUCUACCUCGACAUGCAAUCAACGACUCCUCUCGAUCCCCGAGUCUUCGACGCGAUGAACGCCUCCUCCAUCCACGACUACGGCAAUCCACACUCCCGCACGCAUCUCUACGGCUGGGAAGCCGAGAACGCCGUGGAAGUCGCUCGAAUCCAGGUCGCGAAGCUCAUCGGCGCCUCUCCCAAAGAGAUCGUGUUCGUCUCCGGCGCCACGGAGGCGAACAACACCGUAGUCAAAGGAGUUAUGCAUUUCUACAAGGAUAAAAAGAGGCACGUGAUCACCACGCAGACUGAGCAUAAAUGUGUACUUGAUUCCUGCAGGCAUUUGCAGCAGGAAGGGUUCGAUGUGACUUACUUACCGGUUAAAACCGACGGUUUAGUUGAUUUAGAGAUGUUGAGGGAAGCGAUUAGACCGGAUACCGGUUUAGUUUCGGUUAUGGCUGUGAAUAAUGAGAUUGGUGUUGUGCAACCUAUGGAGGAGAUUGGAAGGAUUUGUAAGGAGUUUAAGAUUCCGUUUCAUACUGAUGCAGCUCAAGCUAUAGGGAAGAUAGAGGUGGAUGUUGAGAAGUGGAAUGUUAGUUUCAUGUCGAUGAGUGGGCACAAGAUCUAUGGACCUAAAGGUGUUGGUGCUAUGUACGUGAGGAGGAGGCCGAGGGUGAGGCUUGAGCCUUUGAUGAACGGUGGAGGGCAAGAGAGGGGGCUUAGGAGCGGGACGUUGGCGACGCAGCAGGUUGUUGGGUUUGGUGUUGCUUGUGAGUUGGCGAUGAAGGAGAUGGAGUAUGAUGAGAAGUGGGUUAAGAGGUUGCAGGAGAGGUUGUUGAAUGGGGUUAGAGAGAAGCUUGAUGGGGUUGUGGUGAAUGGUUCGAUGGAGAGUCGGUAUGCGGGGAAUUUGAAUCUGUCGUUUGCUUAUGUUGAAGGAGAGAGUCUUUUGAUGGGUUUGAAGGAAGUUGCGGUGUCUAGUGGAAGUGCUUGUACAAGUGCGAGUUUGGAGCCUUCGUAUGUGUUGAGAGCUUUGGGUGUGGAUGAGGACAUGGCUCAUACUUCGAUUAGGUUUGGGAUUGGUAGGUUUACUACGGAGGAGGAGAUUGAUAGAGCCGUGGAGCUUACGGUUAAACAAGUUGAGAAGUUGAGGGAGAUGAGUCCGCUUUAUGAGAUGGUUAAAGAAGGUAUUGAUAUCAAGAACAUACAGUGGUCUCAGCACUGAUUCAGCUCAAACCGUGAGGUGCAAGGGGGAAGCUCGGGUCUCCGGUUAUACGGGUUGAUGUGAUCCUGAGUUGUUACUAUGUUGUGUUGGUAAUUUAUCUAUGUUUGCUUUCAAGAUAGAUUCCAAGUGAGAGUGUCUUUUAAAUGGUUUUGUAAUAAGCAGAACGAACAAAACUUUUGAGUUUCUAUGUUGGACUUGCAGAAUAAGAAAAGCGAAAACGUUAGUAUAACAGUUUGGGCCUAGAAGCGAUAUAUUUUUUCUAGGCCCACUUAAAAAUUUUAGGCAAUUUUCGUGGGUCAAGUUGUUUAGUACCUCUGGUUUGAAUAAAUCCAUGUAAACUCUCAAUAUUAUCUAUCAUAA